CAAAAGAGGCAAAGUCAGCGCUACAGCAGGUGGGAUUGCAUCCAGAAACUGGAAGAGCACCACCUAAGGCAAAUGUCAUCACUUCUCCAUCCAUUCAGAGUGACAGAAACACCUCACAGAGAGCCACUCCUUUACGUCUCCUCAACAGUGGAUGGUCACAUCUUAUGUGUUGGCCAAGAUGGAUUGGUUUCCAUUUGGAGUGCAAACUUAAAACUGAAGAAAACCUCUCUGAUUCUUGAUGAAAAUGAAAACAAACUACAAAACAGGAGGCUAAAGUGGGUUUCUGACUCUAUUUUAAUGGCCCAUUACAACAAGCUAAUUAUUGGAACCUGUAACAGAGAGAUACGACUCUAUGAGCUCUCCAACUUGGAACCAUAUUGCCAAAUUGUGGCCCUUGAAACAAUGCCUCUGUGUUUGGAUUAUAGUGUUCGGGGAGAAGGUGAAUGCGUGAUAUCAUAUGGUGAUGAGCAGGGCUGUGUUAAUAUCCUGUUGAUCAGUUCUGUGGCAGAAACACUGAGGAAUUGGACAAAAUAUCCACCCGUGGAAGAAAUCCCAACGAUUUCUGCCAAUGCUAUUUAUGAGCAAGAAAAUAUCACCUUCAUUCGCUGGAAGGUUCAUAAUGACUGGGUGACAAAGAUUAAAUAUAUCCCUUCUAUGGAAUCCAUCAUCUCUAGUUCAAAUGAUGAUUGCACUGCACUGGUUAUAGGUUACGUUAGUAGAACCAAAAAUGUGAAGCAUCGCUUGAAAACUCUGAUGGGUUCCAGCACUGUCAGCCAUAACAAAUUUGCCCUACCAGCUACUGCUUCUCCAGCAAGGCGCUUUCAGUGUGACGAAUCUGUUUUUAAGGUGCACAAAGGAGUCAAGUCCUUUGACUUCUGCAGAGAAAGCAAUAUUCUUGUGACUGGCGGUUUGGACCGGAAUAUCCGUCUAUGGAACCCUUAUGUCCCUGGGUGGCCGAUUGCAAUACUGCGAGGACAUACUUCCCCAAUUGGUUUCCUAUGCAUUGCUCAUGACAGUACAAAGAUUUUCUCAGUUUCUCUGGACAGCACCAUCAAGGUCUGGGAUAUUGAAGACCACUCCUGCCUCCUCACAGUCAUGCCCAAAGCCAGCCAAAUCAGAGGGGAGAUGGAAACCUGCUACUUUUCACCCGACUUGCGAGCCCUUUAUGUUGCAGCUGAAACUUUUGGGCUCCUACAAUUCCAAUAUAAGGAGAAUCAGAACCAAGAUUCAGGCACAUCCCAUAACAAGCCUAUCUUUUGCUGCCAGUAUAAUAAGCAACUGCAGCAUGUGAUUAGUUGCUCAGAAGACUCCGUUAUAAAAGUGUGGGAUCUUAAAACUGGACAGCUGAUUGUUAAAGUGUGUGAAGCUCACGGAGGAGCUGCUGUAACUUGCAUGGCCUUAGAUGCCAUUGGAAAGAGGUAUUCAAAUAUCUAG